CAACAGUAGUCGAUAAAAAAGAAACAGGGAUAUGGCGAGCAUGAAGACUUCAUCCCAGCGGAAAAAUGCCUUCGAAAGAGGUCCUAUCAGUCCUUCCAAAUCAGUGCUACGGUCUCCGCCAUCGCAGAUUUACACCAGGGGAACAGUUGGGUCGGUCAUGACGGGUUCUCCCCGAAGGCGGCCUUCCCCUCGAUACUCUCACUCCAACUCCCUGGCUCUCCCGCGGCGCCCCCGAUCAAAAUCACCGUCUCGAGAGAGCCGUUCUCGAGUCCAUCUUCCUCAAUCUCACCGCCGAUCACGUAGCGCCAGUUCCCAGCCCAUCGUUUCCAGCAGCGAUAGUCUACAACGUACUCCUGUUUCUACCCGUUCCAUUAUAUCCCAUCCGCAGCCUCAAGAUGAAACGCGUUCAGCCCAUUCGUCCAGAUCCUACCCCCCGAAGAAGCACGUCGAUUUUAGAGAUGAUCCCAAUGCGUCGUCGAGUUCAAAACGAGACCCGUCGCCGGCGCCUUCUUCCGGUUCGGCAAAGGUUCACAUCAAAGCCACAAAAAGCGUCAUGGAAGAAUUGUCUAAAGCCCCGAAUACUGAACAGCGGAUCGUUGCGAUAACCAACGCGUGCGAACUUUUAGACCACUACGACGAGACGUAUCACAAUGCGGAACUAGCGCUAGGUGUCGCCUCGGCACUCAUAAAAAGACUGCAGUACUCCUAUGGUGACGCUGAGACUCCGCACAAGGAUAUUACCAUUGUCAACAUUUUCAAGGUGCUGCUUUCCUUGUCCAGGCCAUAUGAGCUACGGGCGAGUCUACUGCGGCAAUCGAGCAUGAUGGAUCUACUGAAAAGGACCGCCACCAAUCAAACGCUACCUGCGGAUGCCAAACUUGUACGGUUGAAUUUUAUCGCAUUUCUGGCCAAAUGCGAUGCGAAUAAAUCAAUUCUUUAUGAAAGCGAGGAAGUGCUAGAUGGCAUUUUACGAAUAGCAAAUGGAGAAGUUUUGGAUCUAGGAAAGCUACAUGCUGUGACAAUCCUCAUGGAGUUGGCAUCGGAUCCAACCAUUCAGGUGAGAAUGGCUUUCAGUGAUCGGAUUUUAGGUACGCUUGUAAAACUGCUAUUGGUGGAAAACACAAAAGCUGCUCGUGAAGCAGCCAUCACCGCACUGCAAAACUUGGCCUUUCGUAAAGAAAAUCGAUUACGGCUCGUCACUUUCAAAUCGGGAAUUGUGCUGGAAGCACUCAAAAACGCCCUCACCAAAGACACCGACUCCAAAUCUCGCCGGCGCGCUGCAGGAGCACUCACUAAUCUCGCGUGUGAAGAAACAGUGGCCAUCAUGGGGAAGUAUAGUGGAUUACUGGAAGCCUUAGCUAUUGUGACGACAACCGACGAAGUGGUGGAAGUCCAGACAAGGGCGUGUCUUGCAUUGACAAAAAUCGCAGGCAACACUACUAUCAAAAUGGAAUCUUUCAAACCAAUGUUGGAUGCUUUGAUAGUGGCAUCGCUAAGCAAAAAAGCUAAUUCAAUAUCAGCAGUUUUUCGCGUCAAAGCGAGAGACGCCGAGAACCGUAACGUCAUGGCUCUUUACCCUGGUUUGUUGGAUACUUUGUCCGAUGUGUGCCUUUCCGAGAGAGCCAACAUCCGGGACAAAGACAAUUCCGUCCACGCACUAAUGCAUCUUGUGAAUGAAGAACAAAAUCGCCUCACGAUGGGUCAGAACGCUGUUGUAUUGGAGGCGCUGGUUGCAGCGGCGUCAUACACAGAUGCCUCUCUCGUAGAAGCUCGGGAUAGUGCCAUAAUCGCUUUGGAACGGCUCGCCACCGAGCAUUCGGUUCGUCCUGGAAUGGCCCGACACCCGUCUCUUCUCACAGUUGUGGCUGCAGCCGUCGAACGGGAGACCGCCUGGCAUGAUCAAGGCCGUGACUGCGAGCACGAUUAUCUGGCCAAACCACUUUUGAUGAGCCUGCUCAUAGCGAUAUGA